GUGUAGAAUGUACUUUUCAUAUAAAGAAACACACAUUGAAAAUAGUAAUAUAACGAAUCAUAUGACGAAAGGAAAUAAAAUAAAAAACAAUUUAUUAACAGUAGUCUCGUUGAAAACGCUAGCCAAAUCGGAUUAAACCGAUGCAACAUGAAGGCGUAUUAAAAUGGGAUUAGAUACCUACAUUGUCAACAAAAACACCACCGUUUUUCUGUUGUUGUGUUUUCUGUUGUUAUGUUUAUGGAAUGCGAAAUUAAACAAUAAAUUUUAAUCAUCCGUAAAUUUUCCGUCAUCAAAUCUCUUAAAUUAAAGGAAUAAGGCAUUGUAAUUACUUGUUAGAUUAAUCCAUCAAAAGAUCUCACGAAACGAUUUUUGUGGACAUUUUGUUGUUUGUUUUUAGAGUUUUUGAUAACUUUGAAAAGAAAGCGAUAUUGUUAAAUAGUCAAUAAAAAAUUUAUAAGGAGGAAAAUGUCUGAAAUAAACGAUAAUCCUCAUAUCAAAGUUUUUAAAGGAAUUGUCGAUAUUGAUGAAGAAAAUUUAGUUGGAACAUCGGAAGAAGAAAAAGGGAAUAUAUUAGAAAUUGGCGCUGAAAAUGAGCAAGAAAGGGCAAUAGGAGAGGAAAAAGUGGAACUGUUCAGCAAAGAUGGUGAAUCAAAUGGACUGAUUAUUAACGGUAAAAAAAGUGAACAAGGUGAUACGAAUCCUGCAGGAAAAGGAGACACUAAACUUGAUCAGAAGACAAAGAAAACUGCUGAAGGUAUAGAAUCAUCCAAUGAUAACGCAAAAGCUAUGGCUAAAAAUGGUCAAAAUUUACAAGGCGCUGUAAUAAUAACUAGUGCUCCAGUAGCUACAGCCGGUCCAAAACCUAAACCAAAGUUGGAAAGAAGAAAGUCUCUAAAUCCACGAGUUAUGACCCCGCCUGGUCUAGAGGUACUGGAUAACAUCCAGCUACUGGCAAUAAGGCAACAAAUGGAAAUGGAUAUUCAUAGUGGCUGCGGUGCACCUAACACAUAUAGAGUUUGGGAUGUGAAUGAUGAACAAAUAUUCUUCGCUACUGAAGAAUCGGGAUGCCUCUGUCGAUGGGCGUGCGGUCCUGCGCGGCCGUUUUCCUUGGACGUUUUUUCGGCAUCAGACGAUCAGGUUUUAAACUUUCAUAGGAUUUCAUGCCGAUGUGACUGUUGCUGUUGCUUGGAUUGUUUGAUGUGUUUGCAAAAACUCUACGUUGUUGACUGCCUUGGUCGAACACUUGGUGCCAUAAAACAAAAAUUUAGUAUUUUCAAUGCCAAGUUUGAUAUCGUCGACCAUGACAACAACGUACUGUUCAAGGUACUCGGUCCUUGUUGCCCUUGUAGAUGUGCUACAGAGAUUUACUUCCAGAUUUUGAACAAGACUGGGGAACGGCAGAUCGGACGUAUACAGAAGAAAUGGGGCGGUGAUAGGACGGAUAAUGUUAAUGUUGACCACGAGUACUUUGAUGUCACUUUUCCUGCGAAAUUGGAUAGUGUGGACAAAGCUCUCGUCCUAGGGGCUGCCUUCCUUGUGAACUGUAUGUACCUUGAAAUGUCCUAAGCACAGAACUGCGGACGAGUGAAUUCAAGAGUUCUUACGUUUUCACAAUUUAAUGACUAAUGCAUGUUUGUAACUAAAUUGGAGCUUAUAACAAAUAGUUUGUCAUUAUUAUAAAUUUUAAUAGGUAAAUGUAACCUAUCAUGUAGGUUUAUAUGUAUGUAUAUGUAUAAAACAAUUAAAAGAAAAGUUCCUGGCUUGUGUUCACAAUUUCAUUAAGAUUUUGUAAUAAUUGAUUUCAUUGCCCUUUUAACAUAAAAGUGGCACAGUGUUCUGCAUGAUGUAUAUACUAUAUAUAUACAAAACAUGUGCUGACUGAACAAGGACUUGUCUGUUUUUACAGUCAAACUUUGAUGGACUUGUGAACACAUCCGUAUGGCAACUAUAUGACAUAGUCUAUGUAUCUCAUUUCACAUUUAUAAGUCAUCAUGAUUUAUAAACACCUACAUAGCAGAAAUACCAACAUUACAAUUGUUGAACAUU